AUGCCUCCUCUCGUCAAAAGGUUUCUUGUCACCGCAGCAUCCGACGCUCUCAUUCUCCACUCAACCAACCCAAAAGAGAGCAAGAACGCAGUAAAGAUUGAUUACAGAACGAAUUGCAUCGCGUCUACCACCUCCAGCAAAUCUAGAGACGAAGGAGAAGGACUAGAGAUCUAUGGUCUUGUGGGGAUCUUGGAUCUGGCGGAGAGUUCGUAUUUGAUCUGCAUUACGAAGAGGAAACAGGUCGCGAAGAUUUGGGGAAAGGAUGUUUUUGGGGUGGAGGAUGUGGGUCUGAUUCCUUUGCAUCAAGGAAGAGAGGAGGUGGAGGGGGUUCUGGGGCCGCUGAUAAAGCAGCAGAAGAGUAGAAUACCGAACGUUGAAGAGGAGGACGAGGAGAGUGAGGAGGAAGUGGUAGGUGCAGGAGACGAGGGAGAGCCAGAGGAUGAAGCUGCUGCAUUGGAACCGCCCAAGGAGGGAGGAAUGCUAAAGAAGAGCACGACUUUUGUGAGGGAUGUGGUGCAGGAUCGGGGGAAGUAUGGACGUUUUGCUACGAGGUGGUUCUCGAGGAAUGGGAGCCGGGAGGGGGUCAAGAGGCAGGAGGGAAUGGCUUCCGGGGAUAAAGCAGAAGGCUUGACGAAAGAGCAGACGAAGCAGACACAGCAAGCAUUGCCGGAGAAUGAAAAGCCGACGGAAGCCACUUCCGGGGAGGAAGAAGGAAAUGGAGGACAGCACGAGACACCGGCUGCGGCGAAGCAACAACAGAGUGCGAUCGAACACCUCACGCCCAGGAUACUCAAAAGCGCGAGACUGUAUUUCUCCAGUGGUGGGUUCUACUUCUCGUAUGAGCAUGACAUUUCUGGGAGUCUGUCGCAGAGGAGCCACGGACAUGGUUCUGUCACGCCGCUUUGGAAGCGAUUCGAUGAGCUGUUCUUUUGGAACCGACAUCUCAUGAAGCCUUUCAUUGAGAGUGGGCAGGACUCGCUAGUGCUCCCGCUGAUGCAGGGAUUUGUUGGGCAGCGAUCCUUCUCCAUUGCGAGGACAGAAGGCGCGGAGAACGAUGUGGUUGCGGAGGCUGUGCAAGAUGCCGAGGGGGUUGUAAAGGUACAGGAGGAACAAGGAGAGAGCAAGAAGCACAAAGAGAAGGAGAGCCCUGCCCACAAUUUCCUUCUCACGCUAGUUUCUCGGCGAUCGAUACGACGAGCAGGUCUCAGAUAUCUACGCCGCGGAGUAGACGACGAUGGAGCUGUUGCGAAUAGUGUCGAAACGGAACAGAUACUUUCUUCGCGGGACUGGAGCGAUUCGGUGAAGACUUUUAGUUUGCUGCAGGUCAGAGGAAGCAUACCGCUCUUCUUCUCUCAGACUCCAUACAGUUUCAAGCCAGUGCCUGUCAUUUUCGGUAGCGAGGCUACUAACCAGACAGCCUUUCGGAAGCAUUUCGAAGCUAUCUCGAAGAGGUAUGGACAGGUACAGGCUGCGUCUUUGAUUGAUCAGCACGGUACAGAAGUCAGCAUUGGCGAGGCAUACGAACGGCACGCGAAGAGACUGAAUGAAGACGGCGGUAUUGAUGGCAGAGAAGAAGUCGGGUUCGAAUGGUUUGAUUUCCAUGGCGCUUGCAAGGGAAUGAGAUUCGAGAACGUUCAGCUCUUGAUGGACAAGUUGCAAGGGCAACUGGACUCAUUCGGCUGGAUCGUGAAGCAAAACGACAGGAAUAUACGAGAACAGACCGGUGUCUUGCGGACGAACUGUAUGGAUUGCUUGGAUCGCACGAAUGUGGUACAGUCUGCUGUCGCGGGCUGGGCAUUACAGCAGCAGUUAGCUGAACUUGGAAUCAACAUCGACCUGAAAUCAGACCCGAAGACGCAGUGGUUCAAUACGCUGUGGGCAGACAACGGCGAUGCGAUCUCGAAACAGUAUGCAGGCACUUCUGCCUUGAAAGGAGAUUUCACUCGCACAAGGAAGAGGAAUUGGACUGGAGCUCUAUCAGAUUUCUCGCUGACGCUCAAUCGCUACUACAACAAUAUCUUCGGCGAUUACUUCCUUCAGACAAACAUCGACUACUUCCUCGGAAACGCGGGCCCGGCUAUCUUUGACGACUUCGAAACGGAUAUGAUGAGUCAGGAUUACGCUCUUGAUAUGCGACACGUUCGCCAGAAUGCGAUUGAUACAUGUAUCAAGAUCGUGCUCGAAGAUCCCCUGGAAGAACUGAAAGCUGGGUGGAUUCUGUCCUGUCCCAGCCAAAGCAACACGCUCCGGUCUCUGCCAUUUGAAGAAUGUGUGCUACUUUUGACGGAUAAGGCGAUUUAUUUCUGUCGAUUCAAUUGGGAGACGGAGAAGAUUGGGAGUUUUGAACGGGUGGCUUUGCUUGAUAUCAAAGAGAUGUUCCGGGGUGUUUACGUUACGAGCGCACUCGGUGGGACGCACUUGGAUGAGAAGAAGAAUGUGGGGUUCGUGGUGAAAUAUGAGAUUCGGGGAGAGGGCAUGGUGAGGACCAAUACGCGAAGUUUAGGCGUUGCCCAAGGGAUGGAAGAGAACAAUGAGAACACGGAGAAAGACCAGGGCAAAGACAAGAAAUCAAACCAGCAGAGAGACGAAACUCGAAUUCUGGCAUUCAAGGCGCUGCCGCCCAAAGCCGUUGCUGCCAAAGACGAGGAUGAGGAUCUUUUGAAGAACACGAACGAAGGAGGACUGGUCAAGCACAUUUGUGAUGAGAUACAGAGUUGUUGGAGAAGAGCGUGGGAGCAGGACAUGGGUUACCAACAUAUCGUCGUCGAUCAGCCUCCAAGUGUGGAAGAGAGGGAUGUUAUUAGUGUGUCCGAGGCGAAGAGGAGCACAGGAUAUCUCGAGAGUCUCGGAUAUGGGUUGAAGAGGUUGGUUUGGAGCUGA